AAAAUAAGAAGAAGACAAUCAGAGAGCGGCGGGAACUUUCAAACCUCAGACCGGAAACAGAGUACGGGUUGUGUUGACCUUGUUUGUGUUUUAUUCUCCGUGUUUCACCUGAAAUAAGUGACGACAAAAGUUUAUAACGAAGAGAAGACAGUGGACAGGACAGUUGACAAGACUGCGGACAGGAUGGUGGACAGAGCCGCUGCAGAGAACCGCUAUGAGCGUCUGACAGCAGAGCAGAUGGAUGAGCAGAGGAUCCAGAAUGUUGCCUAUCAGUAUCUCUGCAGACUGGAGGAGGCCAAGAGGUGGAUGGAGGCGUGUCUAGGGGAGGAGCUUCCUGCUCCUACUGAGCUGGAGGAAGCUCUGAGGAAUGGAGUCAUUCUGGCCAAACUGGGUCAUCGAUUUGCUGCUGAUGUCGUUCCUCUGAAAAAAAUCUAUGACCAUGAGCAGCAACGAUACCAGGCUCUGGGUCUUCAGUUCCGUCACACUGACAACAUCAAUCACUGGAGAAAUGCUAUGUCAGCGUUGGGGUUACCAGCGAUCUUUCAUCCUGAAACAACAGAUGUGUACGACAAGAAGAACAUGCCCCGUGCUGUCUACUGCAUCCAUGCUCUCAGUCUGUACUUGUACAGACUGGGUGUGGCUCCUCAGAUCCACGACCUCUAUGGAAAAGUCAAGUUUACAGAGGAGGAGAUCAACAACAUGAAGCGUGAGCUGGAUCAGUAUGGGAUCCAGAUGCCUUCUUUCAGUAAGAUUGGAGGAAUCCUGGCCAAUGAGCUGUCAGUGGACGAGGCUGCAGUCCACGCUGCAGUCAUCGCCAUCAACGAAGCGGUGGACAGAGGAGACGUGGGUGUGACGGCGGCUGCUCUCAGGAAUCCUAAUGCCAUGUUGAGCCACCUGCAGGAGGCGCUAGUGAGCAUCUAUCAGGAGAUGCUGCGCCAGUCCAAGAGAAAGAAGGCUGACGGCGCCGCACGCAGGUGUGUAGGAUCAGAGGACAUCUAUGAAGAGUUUCUGACUCGGACAGAGAUUCAGGAAAACAUCAACAUUGUUAAUGUUCGCUCAGCGGUGGAGCAGGUGGAUGAAGCUCUGGACUCUGCAGACGAGCUCUCUCUUCUCUAUACACUGCAGUUACCAUGUUUGGCCCUCAGGGGCCUCUGUAGUGUCAAUGGUCCCUGGUACCUGGAACAGCUGUCAGCUGACCGACAGCAGAAAGCACAGGACGAGGGCUGUGUUGAUCCUCUGGACCCUGACGAGCUGCAGGAAGGAGUGAGUGCUGCCAACGAGGAGGCUCAGAGAGCCCUCAACAUGCAGGCAGCUGUGCAGCGUGUGAACGAUGCUCUGCGGGGAAAUGACCCCCGACACACACUGAGCUGUCUAAUGACCUCUGACCUCCAGCUGCCGCCAGUGUUUCCUUUUGCUGCUGCACUUUAUCACAGAGAACUGAGGCUGUUGCAGAGACAGGGGGAUCUGCAGCAGGAGGAGCUCUUUGUUGCCGUGGAGAUGCUGUCAGCUGUUGCUCUCAUCAAUCAGGCUUUGGAGGCAGGAAGCCUGCAGCAGUUCAGCUCCUCAUUGGUCAGUCCAUCUGCAGGACUUUCUGAAGUGGACCACACCCACAUGAACAGGUACUUCCAGUGUCUGUCUGGUGUGAAGCAGCAGGUGAGUUCAGAACUACUCACCUGGAAUCAGCUGCAGGAAGGAAUCAAUGCUGUCAACAGUUCAGUGCAGGAGGAAGAUCAGGAGCUCCAGGUCGUGCGGCUCAUUAACGAAGCUGUGUUCAGUGGAGACUGUGAGCAGCUGAUGUCUGCUCUGCUGCUGCCCCCUUGUGGUCUGAAGGAGCUAGUGCCUGCUAACAUCAGUCGUUACCUGAUGCUGCUGAACAGAGCUCAGCUGAGCAGAGAGUCCGGAGCUGACCUGUGGUUGGCUGAUAUCCAGGAGGAAGUGAGGAGAGCCAAUCAGCAGAGUCAGAGAGCACUGAAGUUGUGCCUGGCGGUGGCAGCAGUGAACCAGGCCGUGAAGGAGAACAGAGCAAACCAGACUCUGCGUGUUCUGUCUUUACCUGAACUGCAGCUACAGACACUCAUGUCCAACUGUGCUGAGCAUUAUCAGAGGGAGCUGAGCAGUGAGGUCACACAGAGGAGACGCAGAGGAGACAACAGGAGUCCAUGGGUUGGAGUCCGGCUGGAGGACAACUCCUGGUUUUACUUCCACCUGAACAAACUGGAGGGAAAAUGGGACAAACCAGAAGACUUCAUUCAUAACAGUGUCUUCAUGGACAGAGAGGACAUACAGGAAGUGGUCAGCGGUGUGUGGAGGUCGCAAAAUCGCAGCGCCCUCUGGAGGAACAGUGAGUCUCUCGUCAUCGGUCUACAGGCAGUGUGUCGAGGGUUCCUGAUCAGACAGAAGCUGAGAGCUCGACGACGUCACCUGAUCAGCAACACACCUGCUGUCGUCAUCAUCCAGUCUCAUUGGAGGAGGUUUGUCCAGCAGAGGGCAUACAGACAGCGGCUGCAGUUUCUUUACAUGAAUUGGAGAGCAGUCGUCAAGAUCCAGUCGAUGGUGAAGAUGUGGUUGGUCAGGAGAAAAUAUCGAGCUCGUCUGAGCUUCUUCAAACACAACGUGGGCGCCAUCAUAAAGAUCCAGGCCUUCUUCAGAGCCAGCAGAGCCAGGGAACAGUACAGGAUGCUGGUGCACUCGGACACACCCCCCCUGUCUGUGGUCAGGAAGUUUGUCCACUUGCUUGACCUGGGUGACGGUGACAUCAGAGAAGAGGCGGAGAUUCUGCGGCUGAGGGAGGAAGUGGUGAGGAGCAUUCGCUUCAACCGACAGCUGGAGACAGACCUGGACCUGAUGGACCUGAAGAUCGGCCUGCUGGUCCGCAACCGAGCCACGCUGCAGGAAGUGGUUUGUCACUGUAAGAAAUUGACAAAGAAGAACAAGGAGCAGCUGAAGGACAUGAUGGAUGUGGAGAAGAGUAAAGGACUGAAGGCUCUGAGUCGAGACAGGAGAGACAGACUGGACGGAUAUCAACACCUGUUCUACCUGCUGCAGACUCAGCCUCUCUACCUGGCUCAGCUGCUCUUCCUCCUCCCUCCGUCUGGCUCCGCAUCCUUUAUGGAGACGUUGGUGUUGAGUUUGUUUAACUACGGCUCAGACAGAAGAGAGGCAUUCCUGCUGCUGCAGCUCUUCACCGCCGCCCUGCGCUACGAGAUACGUUUGAAGGUGGAGCAGCCUCAGGACGUGGUCACAGGAAACCCCAUCGUCAUUAAGAUGCUGGUCAACUUUUACCGCCAUGCCGGGGGAGACGGUGUCCUGCGUGACGUUCUGGGUCCAGCACUGCAGGACGUCCUCCAGGACCGGACUCUGAGCAUCAAGACAGACCCAGUGGAGGUUUACAAGACCUGGAUCAACCAGAGCGAGAGCCAGACUGGACUCAAGAGCUGUCUGCCCUAUGAUGUGUCAGCGGAGGGUGCUCUGUCUCACCCUGAGGUUCAGAGACGUGUGGACAUCGCUGUCAUCAACCUGAAGAACCUGACGGAGCGAGUCUUCAAAGCCAUCAGCUGUAACCUGAGCAAACUGCCGUACGGUCUUCGUUACACAGCAAAGGUCCUCAGAGACGCUCUGAGGACAAAGUUCCCGGAUGCCAGCGAAGACGACCUCUACAAGAUUGUAGGGAACCUGGUCUACUAUCGCUACAUGAACCCGGCCGUCGUGGCUCCAGAUGGCUUUGAUGUGGUGGAGCGCUCCGCUGGCUCCGCCCUCCAGCCGGAGCAGCGCCACAUCUUGGGAACCAUUGCACGCAUGCUGCAGCACGCCGCCGCCAACAAGCACUUCCAUGGAGACGGACGCCACAUCAGAGCGCUCAACGAUUACAUCAGUCAGACACACGGCAGGUUCAGGAAGUUCCUGGUGUGUGUGUGUGACGUCCCAGAGCCUGAAGAACGGUUCAGUAUGGACGAGUUCUCGGAGCUGCUCGCCCUUACCAGACCCGUCAUUUACCUCUCUGUCGGAGAGCUCAUCAAUACGCACAAGCUGUUACUAGAGCACCAGGAUGUCUUGUGUCCAUCGUCCUCCGAUCCGCUCAGGCUGCUUCUGCAGGACCUCAGAUCAGUUCCCUCCCUGCAGGAAGUCAUUGGAGAGUCUUCGUCGUCGUCAUCAUCAGAUCCAGGUUCAGAGUCCGUUCUGUCCCACGAAGUGUCUCUGACUCUCACCAAUAAAUUUGAUAUCUUCAAUGAUUCUGUGGACAAACCAGAUGCACGGGGACUGUUGCUCAGUGUGAAACAGCUGAUCGUCGAUGUCAUCAGAACUCAACCAGGUGAUUCUUUGAGUGACAUCCUGAGAACGACUCCAUCACAUGACCAGGAAGUGCGUCAUGAUUGGCUGGUUCAGCGGCGAGCUCGGCAGGAAGCUCGAACUCCUGACAAGUUGAAGAGGAACCAGUCACUGGUCGCCAACGGCAACCUGAGUCUGGAGGAGAAGAAGAGGAAGAUCGUGAGGAACCUUCAUCGUCUGGAAGGACUCGGAGUUCUGAGACGAGACCAGAGCCAGAACCAGAUCCUGCAGAUGGUUGCCAAGGACAUCCGUCAGCAGCGUGUGCGUCGUCAGCGGCGAGGGGCGGAGCUUGUGAAGCUUGGUCACACCCUGAACAGUCUGCAGAUGAAGAGCAGCUUCCACAGUGAACAGGUGGACUACUACAGACAUUACAUCACUUCCUGUCUGGACAACCUGACUGCCAGCAGUAAAUCCACCAAUAAGAAGACUGCAGAGAACAAAGGAAGAAAGAAGCUUCCAACUCUGAGCUACAGUGCCACCAGGCUGCAUGAGAAGGGAGUUCUGUUAGAGAUCCAGGACCUGCCGUCUACCCAGUUUAAGAACGUGGUGUUUGACAUCAUCCCUGGUCCUGAAAACGGAAGUUUCAGAGUUAAGACUCGUUUCCUGGGCGUCGACAUGGAAGAGUUCCUGCUGCAGUACCAGGAGCUGCUGCAGCUUCAGUAUGAAGGCGUCGCUGUGAUGAAAAUGUUCGAUAAAGCAAAAAUCAACGUUAACCUGCUCAUUUUCCUGCUCAACAAAAAGUUCUUCAAGAAAUGAUAUGAGUGACACAUCUUUCUUAACUCUUUUAUCUCUGUUACAUACCACUACACUGUCAUAUAAUACAGGGUAACACAUUCUUAACACUCCUAUCUGUGUUUAUAAUCAAUCAACUUGAAUGUAUGAUUAUCUCCAUUUAUUAGUGAAGCAUCUUCUUCACACUCCUAUCUUUGUUGUGACCUGUCACUCUGGAACCUGUUGUUUAUCUGUGUGGAUCUUGCUACAUGCAUCUUUUUUGUCCUAUCAUCUGUGAAUGGAGUGAGACGUCUUUGUCCUCCAGUCACUGAAGAUCAAUAACAGCUGAAUACUGUAAAUAUUAUCGCUCACAUUUGUAAUCAAUAAAUAAAUAGUUUC